GCUCAGCGCUCGAGUUUUAGAUUUUAGUUCAUGUUCAGCUUUCGAAGGGAUAGCGUUGCGUUCUGUUGUGUGUAUCGCGCAGCCCGGUGCUUAUUUCAUGGGUGCGAAAUGAUUUAACACUUGAUCGUUGGUGUUUAGUUUUUUUAUUUAUUAUUUGUGGUUUUUUUAAGUUAUUUUACGCUUCACUGUGGAAUUAUAUACAAAUAUAUUAUGGUUUGCGAAGAACAGUGUAAUUGUGAAGAUAAUAAAAUGGCUAACUUAGGUCACACUACAUGCCCUGAAAACUUCAGCAAUAUUACCUCUUCUAUCAAAUUAAAUUUGAUUUCAACGCCCUUGAAUAAAACAAUAUUCAAAAUGUCACUAACUUCAGUUUACUUCCUGCUAUUCAUGAUUCUCCUAACAUCAUUGGAUAGUGCCUCUGCUGGUUCAGCUGGUUGUCCUGUAGGAUGCAUUUGUAAUGAUGAUACCUUUGUAGUUCAAUGUGAAAGAAGUAAACUAGACGUUAUACCUAUAACCCUUAAUCCGGCUAUACAAAGGCUAGUUUUGAGAACCAACAAAAUCAAGACGAUAGAUGCGGCUUUCCAGUUUUACAAAGAACUUCAGUAUGUCGAUCUCUCCAACAACCAUCUAGUUAAUAUUCCAAUGAGGAGCUUUAUUAAUCAAGAAAAACUGCAAGAAUUACAUUUGAACAAAAACAAACUAUCGUCUAUAAAUAAUAAAACUUUUCAUGGUCUAAAAUCUUUAACGGUACUUAAUCUUAGAGAAAAUUUUCUAGAAGAAUUGCCUAAAGGUUUAUUCUCAAUAUUGCCAAAACUCGAGGAACUGAAUUUAGGGCAAAAUAGAAUUUCUAAAAUAGAUCCAUUGGCUUUUGAUGGACUAUUUAGCCUAAGAGUUCUUUAUUUGGAUGACAAUUCACUAAGUUCUGUACCAACACAUGCUUUUUCCGUUUUGGGAAGCCUAGCAGAGUUGCAUGUGGGCCUCAAUGGUUUUACAUCGUUACAAGAUGACGCCUUUAGUGGCCUAGGAAGACUUUCUGUACUAGAUAUAAGUAGUGGAGGAUUAUCUAACAUUAGUACUGAUGCCUUCAGGGGUCUUACUGGACUAAGAAGCUUGAAUUUGGCAGAUAAUAGAUUGCAGACUAUUCCUACCAUACAAUUGGCACAUUUAGCAAGAUUAGAGGAUUUAACAAUUGGCCAAAAUGAAUUUGUUCGACUGAAAAAAGGUGCUUUCAAAGGAUUGACGAAUUUAAGGAAAAUAGAUAUAACAGGAGCCAGUAACCUAGAAUAUAUUGAAAAAGGAGCUUAUAGCGAUAACUUGAAUCUGGAAACAAUAAUUUUAGUUAGCAACAAGAAACUAACGACACUUGAAGAUGGUGCUCUUGUAGGUUUACCUAACUUGAAGCACUUAGUACUCCGCGAGAACAAUUUUCGAACACUUUCGGAAUCGGUAACUAGUUGGAACGAACUGCGAGCUCUGGAACUCACCGAUAACCCAAUAAACUGUGAUUGUCAACUCUUGUGGCUAUUAAUCUCUAUAAACUCCAAGAACAUCACAAAUGUUCAAUGCCAUGCUCCAUUACAACUUCGUGAUAGAUCUUUAAGGACAUUAACUCCUUAUGAUUUGGGGUGUUCGUUUCGAGAUAGUAGACAGCAAACGAUCAUCAUAACUUUUUGUGUCAGUGCUACCAUAUUUAUCGGAAUUUUAGGGUUAUUUCUUUUUCGUUAUCGCCAAAGGGUGGGUGAAGCUCUCAAGGAUUACAAAUGGAACAAACGAGCUAUCAGCAGAAAGGAACACGAAUACCAGAAAACUUUCUCUGAUGAGGAUUACAUUACACGUUCUGGCCAUCACAAUGUCAAACCUAUACCGGUGACGGAAUUGUAGCUAGAGCUCAGCGCGCCACCUUCUGGGGUUUUCUGUUUAGAUGGAGAGGGUAGGCGUGCUGCUAGGGGCCCUCGGGGCACCUUACCCGCCACUGGAUUCACCUAUAUUACUGGUGAUACAUGCCGAGCUCAUUCUCUUCGAUCACUCAAAGAAACAAGAAAUGGCUUACCAAAAUGCCAUGUGGAUUUGUACCAGCAUUAGUGCACAUGGUUGAGAAAGUACGAGCAAUAAAAAAUUGAAUCCAUUCCAGUGUGUGAUCUAUCGAGUUUAGAGACUGUAUAAUAGUUGCUAUAAUAUAUUUUUGUUGAUGCGACUGACGUAAAUUCAUGUUAGAUAUGAGUUCUAGCCCGCUAUAAUGGAAUACUCAAUUUAUUCUAUGACAAAACCAAAGAUUUCAAUAUUAAGCAUAUUCCAAUAAUAUGAAUCAAAUAAAUGUGAAUGUAUCACUACAAGAACAUUUCUGACUGAUUAAUGUGAAAGACAUCUUCACCAAAUAAUUUAAAAGUUCCAACCUAUAUCAUCCAUAAAAACAGGCUAAAACUUUAUCUUUCAUGUAGUUUUCUUUCAUAAGCAAUCUGUGAUAUAUUAUUAUUAAUAACUGAUUUAUGAUGAGUCCGUUUAUGCAGACAGAACAAACUUAAUUCAAAUUAUUACUAGAUAGAACUUUUAAAUCGCCUCUAAUUAUAGUCUGCCUCAUUUUGUCUUUUAUACAAUGUAUUGAAAGAAGGUAAUCUAGAUUAGCACAAAAGUUUUUUUUUCUUUACUGUCUAUUAUAUUUUAUGAACUGGGUUUGGCAAUUUAACAAUUUUAAUUGACGAGUUCUGUAACUUUAUGAAUUUCGAUUUUAUCAUCAUUCUAUUGUAAUUCUGUAUUUAAAAUACUUUUUAUUACCCACGCCUUAAUACAUAUUGUCACAUUGUCCUGGUCGAUUGCGUUAUUGUGAUUUUUGUGAAAGUACAAUAUUAUUUGCUCUUUAAAUGUGUGGCUUUCUCAACAACUGAAUUCAGAUACUCAAUGCAUUUCAAAUAUGUAGCGUCACUUGUUUUUCAAUCAAAAGAUUUUUUCCCCAAGUUAUCUUCUAUCUAUCUAUCUAUCUAUCUAUCUAUCACAGAAUCAGUUAAUACGCACGCACUUUUAGUUAGAACACUAUGUACAAUGUGCUGUUUGUUACAUGGUUCAAUUAUUAAUAUUUGAUUCAUAUAAUUCUAGGUUUAUGCGGAAUCAAUUUCACUUAUUCCUUUAAUUGAUUUAAAGUAUUUAUUUCAUUUCAAGCAUUAUAUAUAAUAAUCAUUGAUAUUUACCAAUAUUUAUUCAUUUUAUGUGGUAUAUCCAUACUUUAAUAACUUCUCUUAGCCCAUGUGGAUUCAGGAUUCCAUUAAGUUUUUAGUAAUCAUUUUAUAUUCUAUUGACAUAGAUGUUGAUUGUGUAUCUAUGCCCUUGUGUUAUAUUUUGUAACUACUUAUACAGAGUGUUUUUAUAUAUUUUAUACAUUACCUAGUUCAUCAGUUCAAGGAAUUCAAUUCAAACAUCGAAUUGUUUUUGUGGAUUUGAGUCUAUUUCUGUAUGUAAGUUCAUUGGAGCAACUAACUUUUGAUUUAUAUGAUACAGUUGAAAUGAUUCACUUGUAUUGGUAAAGAAUUUGGUUUUGAUUUCAUUAUGUACUAAAAACAUUUAUUGUUUGCCUUGUUUGGAGCCGAGCCACACAAUGUAAUUGAUUUGAUUAUUUGAUAAAUAUUUUAAUAAGCUCGUCACAAAAUAAAUUAAUGUGUCAACGUUAGUCAAUCUUUUAUUAAUUUAAUUAAUAUUACAUUUUACGUCUUUCUGUGAAACUAGAUCAUCUUCCUAACACUAUUGUUAUUGUUAUCUAUGACUCAUUUAUUUCUCAUAUACUUACUUAAAUUGAAAAUUUAAUUAUCACACAUUUCUUAUGGAAUGAAACAUUUCAAUUGGUAACUACUAUACAAGAAAUUCUUUAUUGGCAAUUCUGUAUAAUUACAAAUUAUGAACUCAAAAAUUAAGAACAGUACCCUAGCAAUAAAACUAUCUGGUCGAACAAAUGAUAUUCUAAAAUACCUAUCUUGCUGUUUUGAGAAAAGAAAACCAUUAGAUUAGAAUACAAAUGUUUACUAACUAUUUAAACCAAUAAUUUCAUAAUUUGAAAACGUUUGGAUUUUCAUAUCAACAGCAUCUUUUAUCCUAUUUGGUCUAUAUUUGACCUAGAUAUGCAGAGUACUUGUUCUGUGAUUAGAUUCAUAUAAUGAAUUAUCACUAAAAGAAAUUUGUAGUGAAUUAAAAGAAAUGAUGAUCUUCUUUAGGUUACAACUUAGUUUACAAACAAUCAACCAAUAUGAGUGAAAUAAGUACAUCACUAAAAUAUCUUUAGUGCCCAGUUUUUGUGAGUUUUCAAUUAGGAAUUCUUGUAAAGCAAAUACCUGUGGGUGAACGAAAUGGUCGGAAAUAUUCGUUAUAAAAAAUAGUAUAAUACAAGAUAUAUGUAUUAUUUUUAAUGGCUGUAAAGCUCUUAUAUAUAUACGUCAUGUUCUACUGAUAGUUAAUUUGAUUCAGAUGAAGAUAUUUGUGAUAUUUUGUGACUACAUCUAAUAAACUAAUUCACAAUUUCCUUUCCAAAUUUUAAUAACAUGAUUACUUUUCAUUAUGCUUUUCUUGAAAACUACAUUCAAAUAAGUGUAAUAAUGUAUUUGUUCUUUUUGAUUUCAAAAUUUUCGUUAAAUUGUUCUAGAAUGUAUAUACAAUUUUUUAGUUUAGAUUUUAAGAUCAUUGGGUAUUCAUACAGAUUUCGUAUUUUCAUUGGAAUUGAAAAUACUAAAAUCGGUGUACAUACUAUAAAAUAUUUCGACAUAUUUGUAUAUAUUCCGCCGUGUAAAUGAAUAUAGUAAUUUAUUCUAAUAAUGGAAACUAAUUUGUAAAUAAAAAUACUGCAUUCCGUUUUCCUAAUCACGUCUAAGAACGUUUUUGGAGUAAUUAUAUGAUGGAUAAACGUCUUAAUCGGAGUGGUAGUUUUUUUAACUUCAUAUAUUCAUAUUAAAUGUUAAUAUUUAUCACAUGUAAUAGAGGAAACUGUUUCAUUGCAUUUUACCAAACUUAAAAAUCCAAUACAGGAUGAAUUUUAUAUAAUAGUUAUUUUAUGGAAAUAUUUUUUAGUUUAGUCUUCAAUAUUGUUUUUAACAAAUAUCCAGUUACUUUGUUUUUAUGCUUACCACUUUAGACUUUUAGACGUUUGUUGACGAUACUUUUGUUAAUUCCUUUUCCAUUUUCUAUUCGACAUGAUUCUAAGCUAGUCAUAAUAAAUUAUUGAGCGAGUUUCAGUUGAGAGUGAGAUCGAAGUAAAUUUUAUAUUGUAAAUAAUGAAUUAGUGUUUUGUACAUAUUGACUUUAUCUUAACUAUAUAAAACCUACUUAUUUACAAUAAAUAAAUCUGAAAAAUUAUUUUGAG